UUGUCUAUAUAAGCAGCAUAGCCAUAUUCGUAAGAAAUAUUUAAAAAAACUAAAUUACAACAAAUUAAAGUUUUAAAACAACAGCAAAGGCUUUUUUUAAUAAUUGAAUUUUUAUUUCGUCACCACGCUUCAUUUAUCAAGAUAUGAAAAAAGCUUUUUUUUAAAUUUAGCAUCUCAUCAUGUCCAUUAGAAUAGCUGCUUCAAAGAAGAAGAAAUCGCGUGUUUUCUAAGUGUGAUUGGGGAAAAAAACCUAAUUCAAACACUUAUUUUGUUUUAUAGUUUCUGUCUACUGGUUGUAGAAAAAUCAAUAAAUAAAAAAAUUGUGUUAGCGGACCACUUUCAUCUCCAUGAUUCAAUUUGUUGUUAAGUAGGAUUUUUUGUGCCAAGGAUGAGAGUGAAAGAAAAACCAUACCCUCUAAAUCAUGGAGUUGAAGUUGCUUCAGUAGUGUCACCCAAUAAAAGGCAGAUUCAGCCCAAGGUCACAACAGGAAUUGAAGUAGAACCACACAACCAAGUAUUAGAUCUUUCUAAACCAAGUGAAAAGGUAAAUGGAUUCACUGGAACAACAGAAACUGAUGCCAUUCAUAGAAGACUUGGUAGUCUAGACGGAGAUGUUCAAAAUUUAGCCAAAUCUGUUGUGGAUUUAAUGGAGAAUUCUUCUGCUGGAGGAAAAAGGAAGCGAAGUCCUGCUAAAGUUUCUCCACUAAAAAAUGUGAAAGAACCUACAUUUGCAGAACCUUGUCAACCAGUUGGUCAACCAAGUGAUGUUGAUGAAUCUUUUGUGAAAAAGGAGUUAUUUCAGGAUGUUUCCCCUAUUGACCAAGAAGUGAAGAAAGAGACUCAAACUCAAAUGGUUGUCAAUGCUGAGCCUAAAGGGAAGAAGAAAAAUGCUACCCAGCAAGGGAAAAAAUCUUUGAAGAAAAGAAAAAAUGUAAAAAAAAAAUCUUUUGCCAAAGAUGAUGAUGAUUUCCAAAUAGAUCCCCGGCUUGGAGGGACAAAAAUCAAACAAUCUCUUAGCAACAAAGGAAAAGAUAAAAAACUCAAAUCUACUGACCAAGAACUUAAAAAAAAUAAAACCGUUGAACAACGUUGCCCUUAUAUACAUGUUGAAGGAUCUUGGAAUGUUCCUAAUGUUGUAAAAAUCGUGAAUGGCCAUGUUAAAGAGGACGAAAACGACGGUAAAGCAUCAACCAAACUGACCAAAGCAGCUCAAUACAUUAACGAAGAACAUCGCAAUAAAGUUGCGAAAGUUGGGUUUACAAGUACGUUAUCAGAUAGAUACGACACACACAAUCGCGAUGCGACAUGGGUUUGUGUGUUUUGUCAACUGUUCACCCACACACAAUGCUUAGGCGAUCUCUAUGGCCCUUACUACAUUAGUCAGGUCCCUGCUGAACCAAUUUGGUUUUCUAAACGGAAUCCUGAUUCUCUUAGCCAUUGUGACUCUGGAACUGUUGCUGAGCCCGAUUCUUCCGUUCGUACAAAUUCGAAGAAAACAAAGAAAUCGCCCAAAAAGAAAAGCCUCGUAAAAGAUGAAAUAACAGUCCAAACGAUGCCAUCAGGUGAUGAAUCAUCUGCAAGGGUUACAUCUGAAAUCCCUGUUGGGAUUUUCCCUCUUGAUCCAACCGAUGAGAAAGUAGAAGUAUGGUUCCACGAAAGCUGUCUUAUUUGGGCUCCUGGCGUUUGUUUGGUACCUCCUCGACUCGUCGGUCUUGAUGAAGCUGUUUCAGACUCGCAACAAGUGAUUUGUGAAUAUUGCAAAAAGAGAGGUGGACACAUUUUCUGUCGCAGUAGAGGGUGUGGGCUGAGGACGCAUUUCCCUUGCGCCGUUACUCAUGGGUGGCUACUGCAAGAAGAAACGUUCAUGGCGCUGUGUCCAACUCAUCUUGACCAAGUCGCUGUUACUUAGUUUAAUAAGAAAAGUAUGUUUUUAUGAACAAGCUUUUUUUUCAUUACUUCCCAAAUUACAGGAAUGGAGAAAUGUACACAGAGACAAGAAACAUUUUCAAAAAUAUUGUCACUGUCAAUUUCACCUCUCAAUAUUGUACAGUUUCAAUAAACAUGUCGUAAUUUUGUCUAAAAUUUA